AUGGAGGAAACAAGUCAUUCAUGUGCAAAUGAGGGGAAAAAAAGAAAAUCUAAAGUGUUUUGUGUCGCUGGAGGGCCAAAUAAAAAGUCCUGCACAAAUAGUGGUGAUACACCAGGCAUUAGUAUGCAUUGUUUUCCGACAGAUCCAUCUGUACGAAAGCAAUGGAUACGGUUUGUUCGAAGGCAUCGAUGUGAUUUCGACCCCACAAAAUUUUCGUCAAGAAUAUGGUUGUGUUCAGCGCAUUUUGAUGAGAGCUGCUUCUCAAAGCAUUUCGCAAGCAAUCUUGAAGGCUUCGAUAACAGUAACACAAAGCGUUUCUUGAUACGCGGCUCAGUACCAACGGUUGAUGCUGUGAAAGGUGGAGAAGAUAGUAUCUCUCGAAAAGAGAAGAGACUUGUAAGUAUAUUUCACAAUAAUUUUUCUUCUGCAAUUUGGACUUACAUAUAAACUACUCCGCUUGUAUAAAUUGAUCUUUUGAAAUGUAUCUUCAUAACAUAAUCUACAUUCUGUAAAUUCGUCCAUAUAUUAUAUAUUCUCGAAGCACAACAUGUUACUUCACAGAAAGGAUAACAUGCUACUUUAUAGAAAGUGUGUCAUGAUUUGUGUGUGAGGUUGUGUGAACACGUAUGUGACUUGAUAGUAUUUUGUAUGCCAUUUUAAUCAUAAUUAACAUUUUAUAAAUUCUGUUUUGUAGCUGAUGCGUGAAGCUACCCGAGAAUAUUUGCCUGCCCCUCCAACAAAACAAAGAAAAUUGGCUUUUGCUGGCACACAAGGGGAUUGUGUUGAUGAUUUGUCUGGUGGUGCUGGUGAUUUAUCUAGUGGUGUUGGUGAUUUGUCUGGUGGUGCUGGUGAUUUGUAUGGUGGUGCUGGUGAUUCGCCUGGUGGUGCUGGUGAUUUGUCUGGUGGUGCUGGUGAUUUGUUUGGUGGUACUGGUGAUUUUCUUGGUGGUGCUGGUGAUUUGUCUGGUGGUGCUGAUGAUUUGUCUGCUACUGCUGGUGUCAACAAAUGCAUGGAGUGCCUUGAUCACACCAGAAGAAACAAAAAUUUAAAGAGACAUAUUGAAAGGUUGAAGACAAGAGUACAGGAGCUGAAAACCAAAAGCAAGGAAGACCAAGUAAGCAGUAGUUAUAUUAAUAACCAUACAUUAUUUCAUAUCUGUGUAUAGCAUAAGUUAAAUUGCUGCUUUAUACUGUUCUCUGUUGUACAGUGAAUAUUAGGAAGGGGGGCUGAAUUAAUUUCCAAAUGAAUUGUAUAGAUUUUUUAUGCUUUUUUUAAUUUUAGGGAGCUUGUGAAAAUUCAGAUAGCAACACGUAUAUCCCAGUUGAAGAAGAGAAUCUGAGUGACAGUGAAGGUGAUAUUGAAAUGGAAAAUGACUGUGAUCAAGACUGGUCAUGCCUGGUAGAUGAAGAAUCCUGUGGAUCCUCUGAUGAUGAUGACGACGACCCAGAAAUGCACAAAAGAAACCAUAUCAGGUAUAAACUGAGUACAGUAGGGUGUUUAUCCACUUUGAUACAUCAUGAAAUGACUGAACAAAGUUCCUUCAGCUGGAACCACUGAGUGCAACAUUUUGACCACAAAGCUUGUAUUUUGGUACCCAUACAUCAAAAUGCUGCAUUGCAGAUUGAUUGGUCAAAACAUAUAUAUGGCUAUUGAGUGGUCAAAACAUAUGGCCAAUGAUAAGGUUUUUUUAAAUUAAUAUAGGAUAAAUGAAGCAGAUGGUAUGUAUAAGGAGCCAAAGUUCAUGGUGUUUUACUCGUUGCUACUAAGCCUGUUUUCCAUGUUCUGUUUCAAAUGUCGGGAAUGUACUCCAACAGUCCAAGCUUUCAAGACUGGGACCAUGGUAACUUUAGUGCAAAAUUGUCCGUCAUGUGGCGACAGUGCAUUCAAAUGGAGCUCUCAACCAAUAGUGCUUGGAAAGUACCCAGCUGGUAAUAUUGUUUUAAGUUUUGGAAUAUUGAUGGCUGGGGCAUCUGUAAGCAAAAUUCUUCUGGUGUUCAAGCAUAUGGGGAUGUGUGCUACAAGAAGCCGUACCUUCUUUAUUCAUCAAAGCCAGCUCAUUAUCCCUGCAAUUCUCCAUCAUUGGGAGGUGUACAGAAAAGGACUUGUACAAAAAGUGAAGGAUAUGGAGGACAUAGUUUGGAGUGGUGAUGGCAGAUUUGAUUCUAUGGGACAUUCUGCCAAGUAUGGCACAUAUUCAAUGUUUUGCUCACCCAUUGACAAGAUUGUUCAUUUUGAACUUUUACAGGUGACUAUUUUGGGUGAUUUUGAUUAAAUUAUCUCUUAGGUUAGGAGUUAAGAUUGAGAUUAGGAUGAGGAUAGGUAUCAUACUUAAUUUAUUGUUAUUAGCUGUUUACAUAAACCAUAACCAAUUAACCCUAUGCACUAUCUCUUUAUUUGAAGAAAUUUGUUUUAGGCUGGACACAGCAUUUGUGGUAAAAUAAUCUAUAGAGUAUAGAUAGAGAUAGAAAGUAAAUUAAUCUGUUCAAAGCUAGGAUGUCCCCUGUGCUAAAUAAAGAACUAUAUAAUAGAACUACUUAUUUCUUUUACAUUUAUAGAGUAAUGAAUCUGGUGGAAGCAAUCAGAUGGAACUGGAUGGAGCGAAAAAAUGCUUUUCAUUUUUGGAAGGAGCAGGUGUGAAGAUCAAGAAAUUCAUUUCAGAUCGGCAUGCAGGUUUUGCUAAAUGGGUAAGAGAAUCCAGACCUGACACCAAGCAUUUUUUUGACAUCUGGCAUGUGGCACGAUCCAUCACAAAGAAACUUAUGAAAGCUGGAAAAGAAAAAGGCUGUGAAAUCCUUAUGCAUUGGAUCAAAGGUGUAAGAAACCAUCUGUAUUGGUGUGCAACAUCGACCAAGGAGGGGUUUCAGGAAAUGAUUCUGGCAAAGUGGAGAUCGUUUAAAAAUCAUGUUGCAAAUAGACACGAAGGACAUGCUAGUAACUUAUUUUCUAGAUGUGCACAUGAUGACCUGGAAACACCAAGAGAAUGGGUCAAAAUAGGUAAUAAGUGGGGAAACUGGAUUUGAACAUGCUAUUUAUGUUACUACUAGCACCCUCUAUGGCUGUGGACCCAAAACCUAUUUGUAAAUUGUUACAGUUACAAAAAUGUGGAUUUAAGAGUGGACUCAAAAUCUAUUAAUUUAUAAAUACCCAGAGGGGGAGGGGACAAUUUUCUCAAGGGCCCAGGCAAGGGAAUGGAGUCCCCCUAUAUAAAAGAAAGGCAAAUGGGGAGAGAACGGCAGCCCGGUUUCUCAAAUUGUUAUUACAUGUAAUUGACAAUCAUUAAUUUCAGGAACACCUGCUUUUGACAAAGCACAAUUGAUUCUCAGCAACACAAGGUUGGAAUCGGGCAUCAAGAAAUUAUCACCGGAUACACAAACUAGUUGCCUGGAAGGGUUCCAUGCCACAUUGAACCACUGGCAUCCCAAAAUGCUAUGUUUUUCAUGGUUGGGAUCAUACUGCAGGCAAGUUGCAAUGAUACAUGUGGUCAGUAAAAGUACUAUGCUUGGUUCAAGUGCAAUAAGGCUGAUAUUUUUGCUUUUAAUAUUUCAGGACUGCCUUAGCUGUACUUCACUUCAAUGAGAAUUUGCGACGCGAUGGCCAGAAAACCAAAACCGGGGAGCAGUAUACAAAAGUGACUUACCCCAAGUAUAAACUGGGGGAGGAAACUGUGAGGGAUGUAAAAAGGCCACCAACUUAUGGUAAAUUAACCUAAAUCAGUUUUAUACAAAAAGCUUUCUAUUGUGUUGUUUCACACAAAAUAAAAGGUAAAUCCUACAGUAAAUCACUGGAUGCUGUUUUUACACAUUUCAGACGGGGGAGAAGGGCCCUACAAAACUACAUGUAGGAAAUGUACAUGUAUUUUACUUGAUGUAAUUGGUGAUCAAUUUAUUUGUUUAUAUAGAGUAUGUGGAGUGCAUAGGUAAAAUCCUAUUCGCAUUUGAUCACGCCACACUGGAGAAGGUCAGCAAAAGAUACCGAUUAAUGCAACCAAAAUCAUUGACUAGUCAGAUUCCAGACCGAUUGGGAAAGAAAGAGGCAAUUGAAAAACAAAAGAAACGCAAAAGCUUGGAUAAAGUUGCAUUGCACCCCCCAGGUGUGUGAUUACAUAGAGCGAAUAAUUUGUAUAGCAGGGUCUGAAAUUUGUAUAUUUUCUCAGUAUCCAAAUGCGAUACCAGGAUUCAAAAUUUUGUACCCCCCUGAGAUUCCAGUAUCCCACUUCUGGAUACUGGUUAUCGGUACCAUAAGUAUUAUACCUCCUCCCAUCCAAAUAAGUUUCCAUAACACUCACUGUUACAAAUUACAAUAACAGGAGAGUCAAUACUGCAAAUUUCAGACCCUGCUAUAAAAUUAAAGCAUUUUGUGCGCCCAAGAUUUGGCUCAACCAAGACACAAUUGAAAUCUUAAAAAUGCACAAGAUAUUUUUAUUUUAUGCUUGAUUUCAUACCAUAUAUCAUAAAGUUGUCAGUUGGAAAGGUCAUAGCAAUGUGCACAUAUGCCCACAUUUUGUUAUUUUUUACAGAGGCAGACCAAGACAGGCUACAAAUUCAAAUUCAGGCAACUAAAGCAAGUGCUUCAAAGGAGAAAAACAACGCCAAAAAGCGAGCAACACUAAAAUGCCGAAAAUGUGGUGAACCACGGAAAGGGCAUCCAAGAGGGAUUUGUAAAUAG